AUGAGAACAAGAAUAAAAAAAUCACUACGAGGAGCUCUUGAUAAAUUUGUUUUAAGAGGAGAAAAUUCUCAUCACAAUGUGAAUAUAAAUGAAACUUUUCAUAAUGAUAUCAGUGAAAAUGUUAAUUUAGUUGAUGAUGAGAAUGUCAGUGAAUUUUUAAAUAAUAAUGUUAAUGAAGAUGAUGAAGCCAAUCCAUGUAAUGUUAUGCAAGAUGAUGAAAACACUAUUUUACCAUUGGAUUCUUUUGAUAAUAUUGAUAAUAAAUUAAGAGACACUAUAGUUAAAAAGGGACCUAUAAGAGAAUCAAAUCUUGAUUUUCCCUUGGAUGUUAAUAAUAUGCAUUUUUCUUAUUCAUAUUUUGCUCGAAAAUUGAGUAAUGGAGAGAUUAGCGAUCGAAAAUGGUUAGUUUAUUCCAAAAGCGUUGACAAAGUGUUUAGUUUUUGUUGUAAGUUGUUUAAAUUUGCUAAUAAUCGAAAUUUGCUAGCUAAUGAGGGUUUACGUGAUUGGCAACAUAUUAGCGAAAGACUCAAAAAACAUGAAACUAGUGCAGAGCAUAUGACUAAUAAGAAUACAUGGAAUGAACUGAGGGAAAGAUUGAAAAAAAGUCAAACAAUUGAUAAAACUUUACAAGAGAUUAUGAAAAGAAAAAUGCGUAUGAGACAUAAUGGGCCCAAUUUUUUAAAUUUGCCUAGUGCCCACACAAUAUUAGGAAUGACACUGAGUGCUUGA